AUGCCGACUUAUACAAUGCUUCAUGUUAAAAUGCAGCGUGAAUCCCAUAAUGUACCAUGGGGAUUUCGAAUGCAGGGUGGAAGAGAUUUUGGUUGUCCAUUACAAAUCCAAAAAGUCAAUCCAAAUAGUUUAGCUGAACGAUAUGGAAUUCUAGCUGAUGAUUAUAUUCUUCGAAUUGGUCCAGUAUCAACUGAAUAUCUUCAACAUCCAGAAGCUCAGGAACAUAUUAAACGACAAAAUAAUAUAUUGGAAUUCAUUCUACAACGAGGUGCCGCACCAACUAGUGCUGAUUAUAAUAGUCGUGUGAAUUUCCCAUCUCAUCAACCAAUGCAACCUAUACAAAAUAAUUUUUUACCACAAUCUCAAUAUCAAUCACCACCUCAUCCUCCUAGCCCACAGAUUGUUAUGCCAAUAUCAAACAAUCGAGUUAUAUUAAGUCCAGCUUACAAUACCCCAAUAGGUCUCUAUUCUGCUGAUAAUAUAACAGACACAAUAGAACGUACACUAAAAAGUAUUAAUAUAGCUACUGAUUACAAUACUGAGGAAUCGAAAGGUUUAAAUGAAUAUAAAGCAACACCAGCUAAGUCUAUGCCAAAAUCAUUUUCUCACGAUGAUUCGCAACAACAAACACAGCCGGUAGUUCAUAUACCAUCUUCAAAACCUACUGUAACAGAGAAACCAUCAUUCAAUAUAGAUGCACCGAAAGCACCUGUAUUCGGUCUUCGUAUAUUCAAGAGGGGUAAUAAAGGUAGUGCUUCAUUGAAUCAAAAUGACAAUACAAGUCAAAUUGCUGUAUGUUAUGCAUGUGGAAUUCAUAUACGAGGUCCAUUUAUUUCGGCAAUUGAUCGUUGCUAUUGUGUAGAUCAUUUUACUUGUUCAAAGUGUUUAAUAAAUUUAAUGGAUUGUGGUUUUGUUGAAGAAAAUGGAAAAUUAUAUUGUGAACAUGAUUUUGAACAAUAUUUUGCACCUCUUUGUGCUAAAUGUGAUCAAAAAAUAUUGAAAGAAUGUAUUCAUGCACUUGAAAAAACAUGGCAUCCUGAAUGUUUUAUAUGUACAGCAUGUAAAAAAGCUAUUGGCACAGGAUCAUUUCAUGUUGAAGAAGGUCAUCCUUAUUGCAUUGAAGACUAUCAACGAAUGUUUCAAGCAAAAUGUACUGGUUGCGAGUUUCCUAUUGAACCUGGUGAUAAGUACUUAGAAGCAAUAGGUGGCAUAUAUCAUGCUGAAUGUUUUAAUUGCUCUUUAUGCCAGGUGAGCUUAGAUGGUCAACCAUUCGUCGUAAAAAAUGAUCGACCUUAUUGUCGUCAACAUGGUCGUCCGACGUACGCUCGAUUUAGUUAA